UUUGACGUCUACACACUUUUGGUUUAUGAAACGCAACCAUUUUCUGAGGCAAAUAAGAAAGGCUUUUCUGCAUUGAAAUUAUGAAAUUCAUCUUAUGUUUCUACUAUUUAUGUUGUUGCAGAUCUGGUAAGUUACCGUUGUGUAUAUCAGGCUGCUGGCACCGUACUUUGACAUAGUGCUUUGGACUUCAUGAACUAGUUAGUUAUUAUUAGUCCUUUUCUUUGACGAAGUCUGGAAGUCCUUGUCGUUCGCAACAAAAUGGCGGACGAGAACACACUGCAGAUCGGAGGCCUUUCUUGGUAUUGGCUUUUGUUUUAACUAACAAAUGAUGCGCGAGGCUUAAACAACAAUAUUUGUUUGUUUUUUUUUAUUUUAAGAGUAACUAAUUUCCUAAGAGAUUAUACGCGGAGGAAUGUUACCGGUGGUUUCAAACUCUUAGUGCCUGCCGCGCAGGUAAAUUCAAAAAGGUUUCUUCUCUAAAAUGUGUUGUUUUUUGGGGUAAAUUUCGACAACCGGAAGGUAAUCUUACCACCAGAUUUCGAAUCAUCUCAAUAGAAAUGGUAUGGAGCAUAUGGUUAAUUCGUUAGUUCGGUUAAUACUAAUAAUAAGGAUUGUCAAAUGUUUUUUUAAAAAAAAAAGAAUUCGAUUAACAGACUUGAGGUUUCUGAUAGUAAAAAUGACAAGGUCAUUUAGUGCUUGUCACUGUUUGAGCUUAUUGUUCUCUGAAAAAAGAUUUUAAAAUUUGCGUUAAAGCUUGACAUUCACAAAAAAUAUUUCCGAACUAAUCAAAUGAUAGGUUCAUUCAGGUCACUGCCGGCCUUCAGAGUGUUCGACCUGUGCCCUGACAAAGGGGCGCCAUGGCCCGUAAAAUAUUUAACCCCCCCCCCUAGUUUAUUAUAGUGAAGUGUGAACCUCGCUUCCAGGGGUCGAGAAACGGUAUUCUAACAUUUUCGUACAAUCGCUUGUUAUGCAUUUAGUUUUUAUACAAUGAAAACGGCAUUCCUAAUUUGGAUACUAACACUGGGGUUAGGACCAACGGAAAGGGUGUGGAAAUUAAUGUAUUAAUACCGUAUUUCCUUGUUCCUCUUACAAUUAUUUCAGCAGAAAGAAUAUGGGGAAUAAAAAGCUUUCCGGGGCGCAAAAUCGCAAGCGCAAAUCAUAAAAAAAGCACUCAUGCUCCAUAGCCUACGUCGUAUUCGGAAUAAAUGCUGAGCCGUACAGGGACAGGGAAGGGGGCGCCGAACGGAUGCCUCGCAUAAGGCAAAAGUUUACUUUAGGCCGGCUAUAUUCAGGUCGACGUACAUUAUUAAAGCAUGAGAUUCUGAAGUAUGCUGAACUCAAAUUGGAGCUUGCUAAAUCAAUUCAAGACUUUCAAAUUGAUAAACCUCUAUUUUCAUUCCUUACCAAACCCCAUUUUAGUGAUCAUAACACUUGCCAAUUAAAUUGGCAAUCUCUCAAUCUCUCUCAAUCUCUUUCAACGCCUGGGUGAUAAUAACUUUGUUAUACGGUCAUCUUAAUUCAGUGCGUCAGUAUUGCAAAACAUUAAAUUUAUGCAAAAUCGUGGAAAUCCCUCUGCUCGGUUCUCUCUCGCUUGAAAAUAACUUGUCAAAAUAUAAAAAAAGAAUUAUUACUGGUUUGUACAUCAACUUCUGUUAUUACUUUGUAAAUUUUUUUUUAUCUUUGUUUUUUUUUAUUUCUUCCCCAGUUCUGUGCGUACUUCCGAUUACAUUUAAAACGAAUGUGAGCACAAGUGAGCCCUUCACGUUGGUCUGCGAUCAUUUGAGAUGCGAUGUAAGCUCAGCCUAUGGCCAAUUCUUUAAAAUAGAACUAGGAAAGAGUGAAUACGAGGCAUUGAAUAACUCGCACAAGCCACAUCUCGCUAAAAUUGAUGCGAAAGAUGAAUCCCGGCACAUUGAGUAUGAUACUUAUGACACGGUAAAAAUUAUAUUUUGAAAUUUCUAAUAUUGUACGUUUAACCCCAUAAAAAUUUAAAUAAAAUUACAUGAGCAAUAUGUAUUUUCUUAGAACAAUGUCUGCAGCUUUGACACCAGUUCUUUCAUGAAUGCUAUCAAGGACUUAUCGCUGGUUACCAUAGGCAGUGACCCAUGUGACGUGACAUACAUACACUAAUGUUAGCGUGCAGCGCACAUGGUUUUAAGCCAACAUGUACACAUAUUAGCCUGUGACAUAAGUCUGCCAAGUUUCUAAAUACACAAUUUAAUUAUAUUUUUUUACCAUUAAAGAAUCAUGUGAUUAUGUCCACAUUGGUGGGGGGGGGGGGAGACAAAUUGUCUUCGUAUCAUAACGCAACGGAAGUGUCGAAAAGUGUCAAUCUUCCUGCGCAUUGUUAAAUCAAUUAAUUUUCUUCUCAGGAUAUCCCUUUUGGAAGGGAUUGGAGGGUGUCUUUUCACAGUGACAACAGUACUCACAACAGAGACGUUUUAAAUGUGACUCUCACGGUGAUGGAUACAGUAAUGGAAGACGCUGGCCACUAUUUUUGCAUAAUUCAUUACUAUGAUCCUUCAAUAGAAGAAUGCCAGGAGGAGAUUACACUCACUGUCUACAGAGGCAAGUUUGAAUAUAAAUUCGUUAAAUUCGACCCAGAUUGGCACGGUUUACUCUGUCGCAGAGUUUAAACUUUGGUUUCAAAGGUUGGAAUCAAAAAAAAAGGGGGGGGUGUGAGAGAGAGAGAAUUAUUUCGGUUAUUUCUUAAAAGUUCUCAUGUCGGUUACAGCUUGUUCAGCAAGACGCGUAUUGUCACAGAAUUUCACAGAUUGUCACCCUUAGCCAGAACCAAUCAAUGUAUACCAGAAGAUAGCUUCGCAAAAUUACUAAGUUCGGUAGCUCCUCAAUGCACAAGUUGUUUAAAUAGUUUUUAAAUUGCGAACACAUUUAUAAGGACGCAAAGUAACCCUUACCGAGGAACAUUUAAAUUUUUUUAAAAAUUUUUAAAGACUUUCUUUCAAAUACAAGUUCAAAAGCGCUAAAAAGUGUUAAUAAUUCAUAAUUUAAGAUAAAUUAAAAUGCCAUAAGCAAAGAAAGUCUGUGCAGAAGUGAAGAUGAGCACUCUAUGUAGGCAAAGAUAGACUGUGCCGAUGAAAACUAUAUGGAGCCAAAGAAAGACUUAACAGAUGACCAUGCUAUUGAGUAAAAAAAAGACUGUCCAGAAAUGUAGAUUAGCACUCUAUGGAGCCAAAGAAAUAAUGUGCAGAAGUUUAGAUGAGCGAUCCAGGAAGCCGAAGAAAGACUGUGCUGAAAUCUGUAUCACUGUCAGUGUGUCUCUCUGCCGGUCUGCCUCUCUUUAUCUCUGUCGGUCUGUCAGCCCGUCUCUCUGUCAGUCUGUCUCUUUUUCAGUUUGUAUUAUUGUCGGUCUGUCACUCUGUCAGCCUGUUUUUCUGUUUCCCUAUUUGUCGCUUUGUCUGCGUCUCUGUCCUUGUCUCUUCUUGUCGCCCUGUCAGUUUGUCUUUCUGUCGGUCUGUUUCUAGUUAAUCUGUCUCUCGUUCUGUCUCUCCGUUGGUCUCUCUGUAUGUCUGACGUCUUGAUAUCUGCCUCUCUGUCUGCUGACUAUCGGGGUAUCUAAUUUUAUGCUGGAUUUAGUUAGUCUGUCUUUCUGAAUGUCCUUUUCUCUGACUGUCACUCUAUUUGUUUUUAUGUAUAUACUUUUUUUUUUGUUGUUUUGAAAAUAGAUCACAAGUUACUGGUAUAUUCUUAAAAUAUUUCUUUCAUUUCUGUACAGGAGAUUGGACCAAGCCGACUACAUCGCCACCCACACCGAGUACGAUUGCAACAAGUAAGAGUUCAUCUGUGAAUUUCUGUUUCUGUUUUAUGAAGUGGGAUCUCUAUUCAAGUUUUUAAAAACCAAUUAAAUUCAUUUGGUUAGGAAAAGUCUCCACUCCUCUCUCUCUCUCUCUCUCUCUCUCUUUCUCUCUCUCUCUCUCUCUCUGUCUUUCUCUUUUUUCUCUCUCAGUGUAUCUCUCAAUCUCUUUAUCUCUAUCUCUUUCUCUCUUGUGUAUGUUUCUGUCUCUCAGACAUUCUUUCGGCGUGUCUUCUUGUUUGAUUGUGUUCCGGUCUCAUAUGUCUCAUCCAACGUUUUACAUCUCUCCAGCCCCUACGACUACAACAGAGCCAACCACUACCACCACGGGUAAGUUUAUCUUGUUUGCGCUCUGCGCAUACUGUGUGUUAUAGCGGAUUUGAAUCUAAUGCAAAGUUUAUUUAAUUUAUUCCUGAAGAACUUCAUAAUAAGACCGUCACAUCUUCGUUAGUUAAAAGUAAUAUCACAAUCGAAUCAAACUCAACACCCCCGUUCAAUAUUCUGUUUCUUUGAGACAAUGUUUGAGAUAGAUUUUGGUAACCAACACUCCCUGCAGGUCCGUUCGUGGGAGCGUCUCUCCACGAAAACUCGUCAUAAAGCGUUGUUUUAAACCCUUGUUAGGGCAACAACGCCUUUGAAUAUCCCUAGUUGUGUGACAAGAAUGCAUUCAACCGUAUAGUCACGAGCAUGUCGUCAUUGGGGCGUUAUAAAAUGGAACGAGUGAGUUGACGGGAGAGAAAUAUUUAAACUGGCAUUAGUGAUACGUUCGGCUUUCUAUAGUUUUGUUUACUGAGCAAUAGCUUAGCCCCAACAGUCACAGUGGCGUACCCACAACUGACGCAGUAGCGUACCCACAACAGAUGCAGUGGCGUAGAAAUGGGGUGCGGAGGGGUGGUCCGUUCAGAGUAGCACUUUUUUUGCUAUAACUGGAGGGGGUGGCCAGCUCUUUCAACUGCUAAUUCUGUGGUGGCGCCAGAAAUGUUUCCCCGCCCCUGGUAGCAUUAACCCUAGCUUCGUUGCUGUAAAGGUGUAAUGUUCUUGGGUGGGUACGUUCCUUUUGACCACUAAUUAUAUUUUAUCAAUAAUAUCGAUUAAACAGCAACACUGUUACAUGCCGUCUAUCUAUCUCAUAACGAAAUUACAUUUUUAGCGGUAUCAUAUAAUAUUUUUCUACUCGUGUUACUGGUUCUAAUUACACAUGCAGUCUUACAGUAUAUCAGUGGUUAUAAACUUCUGUUGAGGUACCGUCACGGUGGUUCCAUUUACUCCUGCUUAGCUCACCCCCCCCCCAACGCUACCCCUUUUUAAACGCUAUUGAGAAUAAUAUAUUGUAGGGCCUUUUUACCGCCAGACACAUUAGAACACGGGUUGCCAACCCAAAUAGUAUAUCGCAGGCCCUUUUUACCGCCAGACACAUUAGAACACGGGUUACCAACCCAAAUAGUAUAUCGCAGGCCCUUUUUACCGCCAGACACAUUAGAACACGGGUUACCAACCCAAAUAGUAUAUCGCAGGCCCUUUUUACCGCCAGACACAUUAGAACACGGGUUGCCAACCCAAAUAGUAUAUCGCAGGCCCUUUUUACCGCCAGACACAUUAGAACACGGGUUGCCAACCCAAAUAGUAUAUCGCAGGCCCUUUUUACCGCCAGACACAUUAGAACACGGGUUGCCAACCCAAAUAGUAUAUCGCAGGCCCUUUUUACCGCCAGACACAUUAGAACACGGGUUGCCAACCCAAAUAGUAUAUCGCAGGCCCUUUUUACCGCCAGACACAUUAGAACACGGGUUGCCAACCCAAAUAGUAUAUCGCAGGCCCUUUUUACCGCCAGACACAUUAGAACACGGGUUGCCAACCCAAAUAGUAUAUCGCAGGCCCUUUUUACCGCCAGACACAUUAGAACACGGGUUGCCAACCCAAAUAGUAUAUCGCAGGCCCUUUUUAAAAAAAUUCAAAAAUUACGCUCACUUUAAAUGGGUUUAUUUGUAUAAAUUCUUUAUUUUCAUAAUUUACUGAAAUAUUAAAGUCUCUUUUGGGGGUCGAGAUAACGCUCUUGUAUGGCCCCUUUGUAUGGCCCCUUUGUAUGGCCCCUUUGAAUGGCCCCCUUGUAUGGCCCCUUUGUAUGGCUCCCUUGCAUGGCCCCCUUGUAUGGCCUCCUUGUAUGGCUCCCUUGUAUGGCCCCCUUGUAUGGCCCCCUUGUAUAGCCCCUUUGUAUGGCCCCCUUGAAUGGCCCCCUUGUAUGGCCCCCUUGUAUGGCUCCAGCAAACACUUGACAGACACAUCAAAUCUGCCGGACAUCGUAGAUCAUACUUUCAACAUGGACGUUUGGGGUCGUACCCGUAGCGAGCACUCAUUAAUAUCGGGCACUCUUCAAGCAAGUGCACAACUGUGUCCGGCGACUGUCCAGAAUGACAUCAGCUCGGGUUCCAAAGAGGAUAAAUUCAAGUGAAGUAGCUUCGAGUAGAUCAGUGGUGUGUUCUCAUCUGGGUGAUGAGGCCCUGGCGUUCGAGUUUUGGUUUCCAACAUUGAUCUCCUUUCCUGUUUGGUUUUGUACCAAGCUCCGGUAAAUUUUUCUGGCCGUGCCCAUUUUCCCACAAGUUUUUUUAAACAUUCCUCCCAAAAAAAGUUCCAUUACCCGGGCUUUGACACCCAGCUGGGUCAUCAGUCGGUUUUGUUGGGGCUGGGUAGACCCUUGCCUCGCUAGAACGUCAGCUCUGUCAUUUUGGGGUAAUCCCGCGUGGUGUCCAUGGAUUCACUGAAGGACCACUCAGCAUCCAUUUGACUUUAUGUCUUGUAUAACGUCGACAAUGGCAUGAACCAUCUUCGUGUCUACUGAGCUCCUCACAGAUUUUUAUGCCAGCUUGAGUCGGUAAGCACUAUGGACGGGAAUAUAUUUUUAUCUAAUCCACGAGACACUACUUUCAGGGCAAUAAGUUUAGCUUCGAUUUCUGCUUCGAGAUUUCUGCUAUUUUUUCCACUCGGCCUUGAAAUCAACUCGGCUGGACGUAACCCCGUUUGGGACUGAACGAAUGCACGGCAUCCUGACUUAUUUUUGUUAGUGAAGCAAGAUCCUUCCGUGAAGACUUUUAUGACAUCUUACUAGUAUGUUUCACUCGUCCUCGGAGCGGUCUCUUUUUUGCACACCUCGAGGACUCGACUUUGUAACUGCGUAUGGGACAGUGCGAGAUGGAGGUCAGGAGGUUCAAAGCUUUCAUUUAUCAACAAAAACGUCCCCCCCCCCCUUUUUUUUAUAAAGGGUGUCUUCUCAAAUGUUCGUAGACCGAGUCCAUAAAGGAAAGUCUUUUCAGCCUUGUCCUCUUUGCGCACCGGUCUUGAAAGUGAAGCAGGGUUCAACUUACUCCAUAACGACGGUAUCUUUCCACGGUGUUAGACUGGCUUUCUCUCUCCCAUUUCGGGGCGUGUCUACGUCUGACAUAAUGUCUACGGCAGACGUGGGUGUUGUGCGUAACGUCUGGCAAACAAACUUGAAAGUUAGGUUCUGUAUGCGAUUCAGAACCUCCAGAGCCGAGUUACUCGCAAAGUCCUCGACGCGCUGGCUGUAAUCGAUGUCCCCCCCCCCUUGGCUCCCAAAAUAUAGUUUUCUUAGGAGCUUUGCAUUUUUCGGCACCCCACGUUGUGCUAACGAGUUGCUGUUGUUGUUGUUGUUGUUGUUGUUUUCAGUCUUAAUUUCCACGUAGGGCAAACUCCGAGUUCACGGUAUGUUGUUUUUGUUUAAAUCUGAACAUUUUGGUCCAACUCCAUUAACAUAUAGUUGGUGUUUGUCCCAUUUGAGUAGUUUCCCCGCAGAUCUAAAGAGUUAUUUCUUCUUCUCCCUGUUCAUCCUUAUUUUCCACUUUUCAGCGUAGGUUUGUAUUCGCGUGAGGUCCUCCUGCAGCCACUUCUGCAAUUGCGUUCACCAGAGCUCCAGAUUACACGAUAAUCUGCCAAAAUGAUAUUUUUCGUUAUCGAUUUUGAGCGUAGGACGAGAGUGCAGAUGAAGGUGGGUUCCUCAUCGCUCCAGUCCUCGGGUGCACAUUGUUCGAUACACUGCCCCCGACUCUUGUGGAUAUCAUGCGGUCUGAUAAAAUGCACGUAUCGACUUUUCCAUGUUGGUAACGACACCCAGCUGCUGUAGAUCGUACAUCAAACCUACACUACAGAUCUUGUUUGACACUUUCUGGCUGUCAAAAAUACUGUCUCAGAAUGAUUUUUUAGAUGUGCUUCAUUGAUGAUAAAUUAUGUGUUGUUAGUCCGUAGAGGAUGGAGUAAGACCAUCGAGUCGUCCGGUGACUGAUGACUGGUGACAAGCUGUAUCAUCCAAUGAUGUUCCUUUGGGUUAUCCAGCGGCGUGGUGAGAGGCGAUUUACAUUUGGGAACCAGCUUAUAAUCCUUGAAGAAUAAUCCCAGGCCAUGUGGAUUUUGUCCUCCAACGCCCUCUCCAUCGUCACAUUGUGAAGGACGGAUGCCAGCAUCAGCAGCACUCACUUGGUCUUUAUUGCUAUAAGGAUUCCUUCUUGGACUUGUGCCGUCAAUAAAAUGUCAACUGUUCGAUCUCCAGAUAGUUUCGCUUUUAGCGGCAAUCCUUCGCGCUUUUGCUUGUUUUUCUACUAACACCCUCGGAGUCUUUGACGAGUUCGAGGUUUUUAUUCCGUUUUUCCUCUUUGUUAUUUAAAAAAAUGGAGACUUCAUUCUUCACAACUUUUUUUUUUCUUUCUGGUGUUUGGACUUGGACUUGGACAGGAGCCAGCAUAUCUUCGGUCUGGGUUUCUUACUUCUACCAUCAACUUUCCAAAACUGCAAGCGCAUUUUCCGGAAGCGUUCAUCGUUGGCAUCGCUGUAUUCUAUAGACCAGGCCUGCACAGCAUACGAACCGCGCGCCGGCAUGCGGCCUGCCAGCACCCACUUAGCGGCCCGCGGAGUAACGAAAUAUUCUUUAUUAUGAUUAAUUUCUGGAAUAUCUUUCUGACCUGUCCUGUUAUCUUUUGGCCCGAACAAGUUUUUCAUUAAGUAUUACGGCCCGCACAAGUUUUCCAUAACGCAUUACGGCCAACCUUGCACUUUGAGUUUUGCAGGCCUGCUACAGACUAUUGAUUUGUGAUCGCAACCUACCCGCCCAGAACUACGAGACUUUGCUUGGACUCAAGGUCUGCAGAUAUUUUCGUCAGAUAUGGCCGUGACUCCGUACUACUUCCCAUGUGGAGAAAUGUGGCAGCGACAUUCUCGUCCUGUAGCCGGAUGAGAUUGUUAGAAAGACAACUACACUCCACGCAACGUGCUGAUGUGUUGCGUUCAAUCCAGCCUCAGUUGGAUGUGUUGCGUUCAAUCCAGCCUCAGUUGAAUGUGUUGCGUUCAAUCCAGCCUCAGUUGGAUAUGUUGCGUUAAAUCCAGCCUCAGUCGGAUGUGUUGCGUUCAAUCCAGCCUCAGUUGGAUGUGUUGCGUUCAAUCCAUCCUCAGUUGGAUGUGUUGCGUUCAAUCCAGCCUCAGUUUGAUGUGUUGCGUUAAAUCCAGCCUCAGUCGGAUGUGUUGCGUUCAAUCCAGCCUCAGUUUGAUGUGUAGCGUUCAAUCCAGCCUUAGUUGGAUGUGUUGCGUUCAAUCCAGCCUCAGUUGGAUGUGUUGCAUUCAAUCCAGCCUCAGUGGGAUGUGUUGCGUUCAAUCCAGCCUCAGUUGGAUUUGUUGCAAUCAAUCCAGCCUCAGUUGGAUGUGUUGCAUUCAAUCCAGCCUCAGUUGGAUUUGAUGGACAUUGAAAUCACCGGCAAUUAUUGUCUUCUAAAAAAUCCCAUUAUCCACCACUUUUAUAAGCCUUUCCCCACUACAAUCUACAUGGGGGAGAUCGUUUUUUGACUGCUGUAGUGAGACCUUUACACAACCCACAUUUGCAGCGGUAAAUGGAGUAGUCUACUAUUUGAAACAUCUUCCAUUUUAGCAGCGUUUGUAGGAAAUGUUACACUUCCACUUGAUAUUCGUUGAGUGGCUUGGUGAUCUCCCUCGCUUCUCUCUGCUCCCUAAAGACAUUUAACUGUAAAAUGACGAGGUUUGAUUGGCUGCGGGAUGACACUUAGCACCAUUUUUGUUCGCAUGACGUAGGCAUGAGAGGGAUUGGGUCCCUUACCCAGGAAUAUUGUCCGCGUCCUACACCAGCAAAUGUCUAGGCACUAAUGAAAAAAAUGACUGGGAUGCCAGCUCCCAUGUAAAAGUCUAACUGAACUUGCCAUUGUGUUACAGAGGCUGAACAAUUUGCUUUCACUCUUUAGGUCUCCCUUGUUCAAGGAUUCAUUUGGUUUUUUCCGUAGGACGCCUGUCUUUUUGUUGUUUUUUAUUUUUGCUUUGGGCUGUGACCAACUUGACUGAAACUCCCUAAUUCGACGGCAUCACUUAGAGACCAGAACCUUUGAACCGGUUGAGAAGUCACUAAAUAUUACUAUUUUAACAUUUUUAUUUAAAAUAACUUAUUUGAAUUAUUACUUUUAAAUCAGCCCCACAGAGGAGCAGGUACACCAAAUGGCGCACACUGACACUACAAUCUGUGUAUAUAUAUUUAAAAUGUUCAUUUAUGCUGAUAAUGAAAAUAAUAGUAAUUAAAUAAACAGAAGAGUUCAUUGGUGAUACAUCCGGCGGACGUCAGUUUUUAGCGUGGUGUGUCGCAUGCAGCACGGGAACCGCUGGUUGACCACCCCUGCACUAGGCGAAACACAACCUACACUGACGUCACUGAAGGAAGAGACACGAUUUCUUUAUUCAUCUCAUUAAGUCAUUCCUUUGACAAGUUUCUUAUUUAGCUAAGGAUAAGUAAGGACUAAAUUCAAAUUUUACCCUUUAUUGUCAUGGAAAUCAACUUUAAAAUUCUUGUUUCUAACAGUGCAACCAAACAAUAAAUGAAAUCUAAACCCAAAAAAGGUUGAUAUUUACUGGACGAAAAAUACUAAUCCUUGACUAUAGUGUGGUUAGCCUCUUGUAUAAGUGUUCACAAUUUAGAUGUCUUUUCUCUUUAUGUAUCCAUUCUCUUCUCUCUCAGUGUGUCCAUUGUUGUAUUUCUUUGUGUGUCCAUCUUCUCUUCUCUUUUUUUUUUCCAUGGACAAAAAUGUAUGAUCGCGUGAUAAAGACACAGUUUAAGGACAGCUAUUAUAACUGUCUACCUUCAACUACAAACUAUCCAGAAUUGUAUCACUCCGUUGUUUGGUUACUGUCUGGGUCAAUAUGAAAUGCUUUCAAAUAUUAUAGUAAACCCAGCCCUAAUCGCUGUAUAUAUAUCGAAUCACACCUUACUUUUAAAUUGAUAGAUAAUUUCACUACCUCACAUUGAUUUUUCUUAUACGAUACCGCACUAGUUAGCCAUUCACAAACCUGUGGUAUCCAGGAGGCAAACAUUAUUGACUGUUUUUAAAGAUUAUUUAAAUGUUAAAUUUUAUUUGCUUAUCGGACAUUUAUUUGUGCAUGUUUAUGUUUAUUUGCAGUGACCACAACGAAGAAGCCACCGCCCACAGACCAUGGAAACUGCAUUGUCGCCAGAGGCGUGCAAGAUGUCCUGGGACGGUUGUUCAUUGCUCUGACCGUUUGGCUGUUGGUGACCAUCUUCUAGGAACGUCCAUACACCCAAAAAAUGGCGUUGUGGGAAAAGUAUGAGGAAAACCUUACGGACAUAUCCGAAGUUCUAUUUACCGUUUGUGCUUCGUUGUGACCUUAAAUGAUCAACCGUACAAGUAUCAGUAAAAUCGAUGAAUUAUAUUUAAAUAUAAAGUGUGUGAUAGAUUGGGUGCUGGUCAGAUAUCUGUGGGGGCAUGGAACUAAUUUGUCUAGUCUAGGAUAGUGCUUCUCGGCUGGUGCUCUUGAUGACGUAACCCUCAGUGUGUCAGCGGAGUGGUCAGGCGAAGCUUCAGCAUGCUGUAUAAACUAAUGAAUUCAACAAGCGAACUCUUUCAUUGCUAGAUGUGGUAAAGUUAAAAAAUAAUAUUUUGAUUUAAACUAAAAUUGUUGACCCCAUUAGCAAUUAACGCCCGUAACUGUAAAGAAUAAUAUAAUUUGGAUGUCAAGAAACUUAAUACCCACACACACACACAUCAUUUUACCCAAAAUAGAGACCCCCAUUAUAAAUAUAAUAUUGUAUCAAAUCUUUUUUUCAAAUCACAUUUAAGAACACUAUGUAUCUGAAUAGCUUUAUUUUAACAUUUUAUUUUGCCUCUUUUGAGAGCCUCGUGUAUAACAUUAUUUACACUCCAUUUUUAGCUAAGAUCAGUUUAACUUUAACAUCCUACCAGGAAUCAGAUACAUUUAAAAUCUUUUUAGAUUCUGUCAAUUGUGACGGUAAUUACACAUUGAUGCAUUGAUUUUAUACUCUUUUUUUUUAAUUAUAUAUUUAACUGAAUAAACUCAACUUAAAUAUUCGUUCGAUUUUCACGUUUCAUCAACAAAUUAAAGAAAAAAAUUUGGCAAGCUUUUCAUUUUUUGAAAAUGUAUGUAUAUAAUUUUUUUUAUUUAUUUAUCUGUUUAAAAGCUAAAGCAUAUAUUUUAAUAUGAUUGUAAUGUCUUACUCAUUUGAUUAUAAUUUCUUACUCUUAUUAGCAAAUAUUAAAAGUG